UUGAGGUUUUGAGCAAAGAAUAAACAGAUGGUCGCCUUUUCUAUGGACAUAUACGCUUCAAAAUACUAUGUAUGUAACGUAAUUUUAAUUUACAACCGACUUUGCGCUGUUAUAUUUCCCCUGUUUGAAUAGGAAACGCCGCAAACUGGGGACUCCCUUGUUUAUCGUCUGUUUUAUAUGUGCAAUAAAAUGAGCUACAUUGCUAAUGUAGCAUUGUAGACGGAAACAAUUAACAGUUACACUCCAACUGUUAUUGCUAAGUUAAAAACAAACGGCUUUGAGGGAUGGAACCACUAUGUCUUUGAUGUGUUAAGGCAUAGUAUUUAUAUUCCUUAUGUGGCUUGUUAAGUCAGUAGGAUAUCCUUUGUUUCCAAUCGCCACGCUAUACUGAUUGCUAGGAAGGAAUCGGGCAUCAGCAGGGUGGGGGAACAUGGAUGAGAGUGCCGAAAAGGUUGUCAACGACGACAUUGUCAUUAUCGUGGAAAACGAGGCAGAAAGUUUGCCAGCCGAGGAAGAGAGGCUGAAACAGCAAGGCACCUUCGGGCUCAUGGAUACCUGCCCCAUCUGCAAGUUGAGCUUCCACAACAGAGAGCCCAAACUACUACCAUGUCUGCACUCUUUCUGCAAGAGGUGUCUCCCUGCCCCCUUCAGGAGUGCUGAUCCAAGACGUGAUACGCAAGGUCAACUCGACAACAACAAAUCAUUGGGUGCCAUACGAUGUCCAGUAUGCAGACAGGAAUGCUGGGAGAUGGACAUGUUGGACAAUUUCUUUGUCAAAGAUUCUGCUGAGAUGCCGAGCAGCACCGUGGAGAAAUCCAGCCAGUUGUGUAUGAGCUGCGACGACAACACAGAGGCAACAGGUUACUGCGUGGAGUGCGUGGAGUUUCUGUGUGUGACAUGUAUCGAGGCGCACCAAAGGGUCAAGUUCACCAGGGAUCACACCAUACGCCAGAAAGAGGAGAUGUCUCCAGAGGCAGUAGUUAUGUCCACACAGAAGCCCGUGUUUUGUGAUGUCCACAAGCAGGAACCGCUGAAGCUGUUCUGUGAGACAUGUGACCGGCUCACCUGUCGGGACUGUCAGCUGCUCAAGCACAAGGAUCACAAUUACCAGUUUUUGGAGGAUGCGUACAGGAACCACAGGCAGUAUCUGGAGAACAUGACGCAGCAGUUGCAAGAUAAAAGAAGGACCAUCGCGGAAGUGUCCAGCUGUAUCAGCAACGGACUCCAGCAAGUUGAUGAGAACCGGAAGUCGGUCACUAAUGAAAUAAAGAAGUCCAUUUGUGGCCUGAUCAUGGAGAUCAACAGGAAGGGGAAGAUUCUGGUUAACCAGCUUGAGGCUCUGACUAAGGAUCACGAGCUGGGUUUGAAAAAGCAGCAAGACGACGUCAACUCCCUGAGCAGGCACCUGGAUCAUGUGAUCAACUUUACCAAAUGGGCCACGGCCAGCCACAGUGGAACAGCCCUGCUGUACUGCAAGAGACUGAUCCUCUUUCAGAUCCAUUACCUAAUGAGAGCGAGCUGUAAUCCUUCAAUCGUCCCUCAGAGUUCUGUUCGCUUUCAGUGUCGCUCUGGUUUCUGGGCCACCAAUGUAGACCUUGGUUCUCUGGUUGUAGAAAGGGGCCCUGGCACCCGGCCGCCCAACCCCACCCUCAACCACCCUGCAGGUCCCAGAGCAGAAGCCCCCCCCGGAGGUAUGUCCGCCAUAGCUCAGCAGCGACAGAGCACGCUGGCUCAGCUCCAGAUGCAGACAUCUGUUGUUCCUCUGUCCAAGGUGGACAAGAUUUCACAGCAGCCCCAAAGGCAACCCCCCCCUAACCACUGGUCCUGGUACCAAAAUGUCAGACUCCCAGGGCCCCCCGGUCCCCCACCCCCAACCAGACCCAUCCACGGAGGGUCCUCCCCCUCCCAAGGCCCCCCAAGCAUGGCACAGCCAGGCCGCAGAUACGGAAGCUCCCAGCCCAGCACUAGAAGCCCCACCUCCUCCAUGCUCCACAACACCGGCUUCCCCUCCCAUCAGGUCAGUGCGCAGUCUCUGAGAGAGCUGAUCCAUGGCUCCACCUAUCCUCCUAAACCUAUGGAGAUGUUGCAGGGUGCGUCCCGCUACCCACCGCCUCAGUCUGCCGGAGCAGCUGCACACAUGUCCCACCAUCAGCGGGGCCUAGCGGAGGCUUCCUUCCUGAAGAGGAGUGAGGCAGGUGGAUCCGUCCCCUCCAUCACCAUCUCUAUCCCCAAACCCAGCUUCGCUCCAAGUCAAGCUUCAGCAACUAUGGACAAAACGAGCACCUUCAAUUACAUAGCAGCAGUUCAAGCAAGGCAAAACUCCCCAAUGGCCAAACCGUCUUCUUCAGACAGAAGCACAGGGACGACUCCCUGGAAGCAGACUGCGGAGGCUCCAGCUGCUCCACCAUCCAAGAGAAGAAGAAGAGCGUCACCGGGGCCAGUCAUCGUCAUCAAGGACGAACCAGAGGACGAGGAUGAAGUCAGCUUCGUGCAGUCCAGCCUGCCGGACAGCAGCACCGGGGCUCAGUCGAUUCCUCGGCCGCAGAUCAAGGUGUCCGUCCCGGUCUCCCUCCCUGCGUCAGAGUCUGGGAAAGAGCAGCAUCCCGCAGCAGAGCCAGAGUCUGAGAAGAGGGCGGAGCCGGAGGAAGAUCCCAACGAGGACUGGUGCGCCGUCUGUCAGAACGGAGGGGAGCUGCUCUGCUGCGACAAAUGUCCCAAAGUCUUUCACCUGGCCUGCCACAUCCCCGCUCUGAACGAGUCCCCGAGCGGGGAGUGGUUCUGUUCGCUCUGCAGAGACCUCGCCGCUCCUGAGAUGGAGUACGACUGCAAGGGCAAAGACGACCCCGUCUCUGAGGGAUUCCCGCCCGCAGAAAGAAGGAGGUGUGAGAGGCUGCUACUGCGUCUGUUCUGCAAUGACUUCAGCACUGACUUCCAGCAGCCUGCUACUCCAUCAGAGACAAGGAGGUACAAGGAGCUGAUUAAGACCCCGAUGGAUUUGUCGAUAGUGAAGAAGAAACUGGAGUCCAAGGCGCAGGGAGGUGAAGGCUAUAGCGGUCCGGACGGGUUUGUCGCAGAUGUCCGGCUCAUAUUUUUAAACUGUGCGAAAUACUACAAGUCUGUACAGGUGACCUCAGAUGUGGGGAGUGCAGGUCUGUACCUGGAGGACUACUUUGAGGAGCAGGUGAAACUCGUCUACCCAGAAAGGCUCUUCCCCGGAGGGAGGGAAGAGCAGAUGAUCCCCCCUUUGGAGGACGAGAUUGAGGAAGAGGAAGAGAUGAUGGGGGAAGGCAUGGCUCCCAUUGAAGACGAUAAACCGAUAAGUCCUGCAGGAGAAGGAAUCCCCCCUGUGGAGGAGGACUCGACUGUGGAAGAAACGACAGUUCCAGUUGAGGAAAAUAAGUCUGAAACGGAGGAGAAGGAAAUGGAGACGGAAAUGGAGACAGAUGUAACGGCAGCUGAGGAGGGAGACAUGCCUCCAUCAGAGGAGGCAAAGCAGGACGAGGAGAUACCUGUGAAGGAGGCACAGAGCUCUCCAGCUGCAGAUAGUGAAACAAAAGACAAGUCAGCUCCCAGCUCCCUGGAAAAGGAGAGCUCUGACCUCCCUACAGACACAACUGAGGAUCCCCCGGACACCCAGACGGAGGAGUCGGCUCCUGCAGACACAGCCAAAGAGGGGGAGUGAUCACAACAGAGAGGCGCUGUAGAACAAGAUGGAUGACUUUAGUCUUCCUCAGAAUUGGCCCCAGUGGGGACCGACAUUUGCUGCAAUCAGACACUUUUUUUGAAAAAACGGUUAUAUUGGCAAUAGGAAAGAAGUACUGCUUUACUACAUUUAGUAGCAGUCAUGCAGUAUAUGCUAAAGGGAUUUUUUUGUUGCUGAAGGUUGCAAUUGUAAUGUAUCAUAAACUAUUAUUUACAGGAAUGACGACACGGAAAAGCACACGCAUAAGUUUAUUGGUUGACAGGAUCUCGUUUUCAGAUAGAGAAAAGGAUUUUGGAUUCAUUAUGCAUGCAAGAUGUCUUGGUAUAAAUAGUAAUUCCUCCAUUUUCAAUUGACAGGCUCAUGAACAAAAUAGGUUUUCUUGUAAUACUUUUUAUUUUAUUAUUAUUGUAUUAAUGCUAUGUAUACUACUUUUAGGGUCGAUGUAAAUUGCGCUGCUCGGUUGUUUGAGAGCGAAACUUGAAUUGCAACUAUUAUGGAACCUUUUUUGCGUUGCCAGUUUGAUGCCUCUUAUCCCCCAUUCCCUAAUAAUGUGAUAUCAAACAGCAGCCUUGUUGGUUUUUAUCACUCUUCUGACAUUA